AUGACAUCUAUUGAGGGAAUCCGCAAAGCCCAGCGAGCUGAGGGUACGGCUACCAUUCUGGCCAUUGGUACAACAACUCCAUCCAACUGCGUCAGCCAGGCCGACUAUCCUGAUUACUACUUUCGAGUAACGAACAGCGAGCACAUGAUCGAGCUGAAAAACAAGUUUAAGCGGAUUUGUGAAAAAACAAUGAUCAAGAAACGUUACAUGUAUCUGACAGAAGAGAUGCUUAAAAAGAAUCCCAAUAUGUGUGCUUUCAUGGCCUCAUCCCUCGAUGCCCGUCAAGAUAUGGUGGUGGAGAAAGUACCUAAGCUCGGUGAGGAAGCUGCAUCAAAGGCCAUUCAAGAAUGGGGCCAGCCAAAAUCGAACAUCACACACCUUGUAUUCUGUACAACCUCGGGCGUAGACAUGCCUGGUGCGGACUAUCAACUCGCCAAGCUCCUCGGCGUCCCACCGUCCGUCAACAGGGUGAUGAUCUAUCAACAAGGCUGCUUCGCCGGUGGGACCGUUCUUCGUGGGGCCAAGGACCUGGCCGAGAACAGCGAAGGAGCGCGUGUACUUGUGGUGUGUUCCGAGAUCACUGCCAUCAUCUUCCGUGGGCCCUCCGAGACCCACUUGGACUCUCUUGUGGGCCAGGCUCUUUUCGGUGAUGGAGCCUCAGCUAUGAUCGUUGGUGCAGAUCUUGACACGUCGAUCGAGCGUCCACUGUUUCAAAUUGUGUCUGCGUCACAGACAACUCUACCCGACAGCGGAGAAGCCAUGAAACUACAUUUGCAUGAGGUGGGACUCACAUUUCAUUUAGGAAGGGAAGUACCUGCAUUGAUCUCCACAAACAUCGAUAAGCCCUUAAAUGAAGCUUUCGGUCCGUUUGGCAUCAAUGAUUGGAACGAACUGUUUUGGAUCGUUCACCCUGGUGGCCCAGCUAUUCUUGACCAGGUCGAGGCCAAACUCGGUCUCCAGAAGGAGAAAUUGAGGGCAAGUCGGCACGUGCUGAGCGUAUACGGUAACAUAGUGAGCGCUUGUGUUUUGUUCAUUUUGGACGAAAUGAGGAAGAAAUCUAUGGAGGAUGGGAAGGCCACCACAGGUGAAGCGAAGGAUUGGGGUGUUCUUUUUGGGUUCAGUCCUUGUCUGACAAUAGAGACUGUGGUGUUGCAUGGUGUCCCUACAACUCUCUGACUGAGUUUGCUGCAAUUUGGAACUUAUUAGUAGUACUCGUUGUUGUUAAAUAUGUAUGUUAAAU